AUGGGAAGCAAGGCCGUAAGGCGGAGCGAAUCAGGAAAGAUUGCCUCAGUUCGGACUGCAACUCGGGAACCUGAAGUUGGAAUCGCUAGUAAUCACGGAUCAGAUGCCGCGGUGAAUAUGCACCCAGGCCCUUUUUUGUGUUGCUUACAUGCAUAUGCAAGUUACUCAGGUUUAUGUAGGGCCAGUCAAGUUGCUGAGUUUUUUCCUACUAUAUCACCUGAGGUUUAUGUUAGGGAGGCCAGGGUAGAAGACUGCUGGGAAGUGGCUGAGACUCACUGCAGCUCCUUCUUCCCUGAAUACUCUUUCCCUCUAGAUUUUGUUUCGAGAAUUGACAGGCUGAUAGCAAUGCUUUUUGGAUUCUCCAUUCCAAAUGGAUGCCAGCGAACUUGUCUUGUUGCUGUUGUUGGCAGCAAAGAUGAAGAGGCUUGCUUAUUAAGUACAGAAGAGCUCAAACUUGGAGGAUUUGAUGGACGAUUAAGUCUCAACAAGGGUUAUGUGACUGGAAUAUUGACUGUGGAUACUGUAGCUGAUUUCCUUCCGAGAAAAGGACCAUUGCGGCAGAGGAGGUCAGUUGUGUCUUGGAUACUAGUCAGGAAUCUGGAGAUUAUUUUAAUAAAUGGCCCUUCCAUAAAAUGCUUGUUUCUGGCUAACCAUUGCUAUUAGAUUCAUUCAACAUCUUGUUAGAAGGUAAA